GAACAAUCUGCCUACUUCCACGCAACCAUGACCAACCCACUCCCAAAACGAAUAGAUGUCCACUCACACUUCCUUCCCCCAAACUACCAUGCCGCGCUCAUGAAUAACGGCCACGAGAAAGUCGACGGGAUGCCUGAAAUCCCACCCUGGUCCGUCGAAGCCCACCUAGACAUGAUGUCAUCCUGCAACGUCUCCAAAUCCAUUCUUAGUGUUAGUUCACCCGGAACACACAUCGUUCCCGGAGAGGACGAGCUCGGCCGAAAUCUAACCCGACACUGCAAUUCGUAUGCCGCGGGAUUGAAAGGCAAGUAUCCCGAUAAAUUCGGAUUCUGGGCCUCUCUGCCGCUUCCGGAUGUCGAGGCUGCGCUGAAAGAGAUUGAUGUUGCGAUUGAUGAAGGUGCUGAUGGGUUUGGUUUGAUGACGAAUUACCAUGGGAACUACAUCGGGGCGCCGAUGUUUGAUCCUAUCUUUGAGAAGUUGAAUCGGGUUGGCGCGACGGUAUUUAUUCAUCCUUCGAAGCCGUGCGUAAAUUGCCAGCCAGGAACAAAUUCCGCGGAAACGAUUGACGCGUUGCCCUUCGGAGAUCACUAUCCCAUUCCAAUGUUCGAGUUUCUAUUUGAUACUGCACGCGCUGUAGUUCACCUAUUCCUGAGUGGCACCGUUGAACGUUGUCCGAACAUGAGAUUCAUCAUUCCUCAUGCUGGGGGCUGCAUGCCUCCUCUCUUUACCCGAUGUGUACAGUUCUCCCACUUAGUUCCCGGUGGAAAGAAGGUUGAGCCGCGUGAUGCUCACAGACAGCUGGUGACUCAAUUCUACUUUGACUUGGCCGGUUUGGUUUUUGACGGACCUGAGGGCGGCCAGGGGCAAUUGAAGGCGCUGGUCGAGGGCCAUCAAAUUAGCCACGAAAAGCUAUUGUACGGGAGCGACUUUCCUUUCACCCGGACAAGAUUCGUGAAGGCGUUUGCGGAGCGAAUGAAAGACGGACUGGAAAAUUUGUACAAAGAAGAAGAAAAACGAGACUCCAUUUACCGACAGAACAUAAUAAAGCUGCUGGAAUCCAGCGGGAUGAAGAGGGCUAAUGUUUAAAUGGUCGACGUAAGAAAGGGAGG